UUAGCCUACACUAGAAAGUAUGAUGUUUGUUUAGCCAAUAGUAUACAUGCCAAAUUGAGCCAAGCCCUGUUAUCACCAUCUCUCUAAGCCUAUAAAUAGCAUUGCCCCUAAUCUGUUACUUCUAGAAUCCCUUGAAAAAGAAGAAUUCAAAAAAAAGCAGAAAUACGAAGAAGAAAAAGAGGAGCUUGUAAAGAAAAGUAGAGAAAACCUAACCGAGCUUAAAAUCAAAGAACAGGAAAGAGCCAAAUAAAUACCAGAAAGAGAUCAAGAAAUUACAAGAAGCAAAAGAGAAGAAAAAACUCAAAAAGAAGACUAAGAAGAACAAGUACCCACCUAGGUUCUGUAUCAAGAGAGGGAUCUAUAGCGGCACAGAAGAGACCAAAGAGGAGACCACUGAUGAUGGCUACACUGAAGUUGAUGUAAAUACGGAGUAAUUACCUGAGCCAAAGCAGAAGAUAAUGUCCUUAUAGCUUCACAUUCUCAGAUCUAGAAUCAGAGACUACAGAAUCAGAAUCUGAUUUAUACUCAGAUAAUAGUUCAGACUACUCAGAUGAUCAAUCAGACAAAAGCAGUGAUUGUGAUAGCAUGACAAAUGGCUCCGAUAGCGGAUCAGAUGAAAAUAACUCCGAUGAAGAUGACGACAUUUUAUUAGACAAGAAAGACUUGAGACCGAAUGCCAUGAACAAAUUCGCGAAAAAUAAACCCAGAGAUUACAUUCUGAAAUACUAAAUUUGGUUUAGUUCAACCAGC